AUGUCCAUGAAUGGACUUCCGAUGGACAUCCAAUGGAUUGAUUUGUGCUGUCUGGGUCUUCAUGCAGUAAACGGAUGUGAUUAUAUCCCAGCUUUGUACUGCAAAGAAAAGAAGAAGCCGUUGCAAAUUGUUUUGCAGAAUGAGGAAUUCCAAGAUGCUUUUAUUAACAACGAGAAGAAAGCUUUUCCGUGCUUGAACGAUUUGUGUGCAGCAUGCAAAGCUGAGUUAAAUCAACAACUAUUGCGAGUAUCUUACGUUGCCGACAUUUGGUGUAACGCCCAUUUGAAAGUUCCAACAGUGCUUGCUUCCCAUCAUGGUUGGGAUUUGUCUGAUGAUGGCUAUACUUUCAAGUGGUUUGACGGUGAAGCUAUGCCAAAUACCAUAAAUGAAAUAGUUCUGCUAAAUAUUGAGACUAAGGAGCGUAACCAAGAGGAACAGGAAACGACACAAACCAUCGAGCAAGGUUAA